UGAAAGAGCUGUGGAGGGAGGGAGAGAAAGAGAGAAGCAAACAGAGAGUGGAAGGAGAGAGAGAGAGAGAGAGAGAGAGAGAGAGAGAGAGGGAUUGGAUUGUUUCUUUCCCUGGAUGCCACCAGCAGCAGCAGCAGCAGCAGCAGCAGCACCAGGAGCAGCUCGGAUCUGGACGAGAGGUGACCGGGGGCUGAGGGUGAAGGUGUGUGUGUGUGUGUGCCUGUGUGUGUUUGUGUGUGUCUGUCUGUGUGUGUGUGUGUGUGUAGCGUCUGGCGGAGAGACACUGCAGGAGAGAGGCUCAACUUGCUCCCUCUCUGCGCCGCUCUGCCCUCUGUGUGUCGCCGCGUCUCCCUCCCUGCGUUUCCCCGGGACACAGACAUCUGGCGUGGUGACAUGUGAAGAGGGCUUGGAAGUAUGGCAUGCAAAGAUGGUUUCUGCCAAGAAGAAGGAGACGGUGACAGCGAUGCGCCCCGCUUUUAUUCGGACCCUCUUCUACUUUUUCUGUUUGGCGACUUGUGUAAAGAAAAUCUCUGGACAGACAAAGAAGGAUGAAAGGAUCUAUCCGGAGAAUUUUACUCGCAUUUUAGACCGACUUCUGGACGGCUAUGACAACAGGCUGCGACCUGGAUUCGGGGGUCCUGUGACUGAGGUCAAGACCGACAUUUACGUAACAAGUUUUGGGCCUGUGUCAGAUGUUGAAAUGGAGUACACAAUGGACGUGUUCUUCAGGCAGACGUGGGUGGACCGGAGGUUGAGGUACGAGGGCCCGAUAGAGAUUUUGAGGCUUAACAACCUGAUGGUGACUAAAGUGUGGACACCGGACACCUUCUUCAGGAACGGCAAGAAGUCAGUCGCUCACAACAUGACGGCUCCCAACAAGCUUUUCCGCAUCAUGAAGAAUGGCACCAUUCUGUACACCAUGAGGUUGACUAUUAGUGCCGAGUGUCCCAUGAAGCUCGUGGACUUCCCCAUGGAUGGACAUGCGUGCCCACUCAAGUUUGGAAGUUAUGCCUACCCUAAAACAGAGGUGAUCUAUACUUGGACCAAAGGGCCUCAGCAUUCAGUGGAGGUCCCUCCCGAGUCCUCCAGCCUCGUUCAGUAUGAUCUCAUCGGCCAGACGGUCUCCAGUGAAACGAUUAAAUCCAUCACAGGUGAAUAUGUGGUGAUGACGGUCUACUUCCACUUAAAACGUAAAAUGGGCUACUUCAUGAUUCAGACGUAUAUCCCCUGCAUAAUGACAGUAAUCCUCUCCCAAGUGUCCUUCUGGAUAAAUAAAGAAUCCGUCCCGGCACGCACAGUCUUCGGCAUCACCACUGUCCUGACCAUGACGACACUCAGUAUCAGCGCUCGCCACUCCCUUCCCAAGGUCUCAUACGCCACCGCGAUGGACUGGUUCAUCGCUGUGUGCUUUGCCUUUGUCUUCUCUGCCCUCAUUGAGUUCGCCGCUGUAAACUACUUCACCAACGCACAGAUCGAGCGGGCCAAAAAGAAGCCAGCCAAAUGUCCCCCGGUACCCCAAACCACGCCUGUCAAGGUCAAGGAAGGCGAGGAAGUGCUGCAGAAUCCUGAUUCCAACGGGAACCUGAGAAAGCGAAUGAAUUAUAUAUCCCACCAAGGGCCCAGUAGUCAGCAGAGAGCCCAGUCCACCACCAACAUUUCUGGAGUGGGAAGAGCAAGACCGCUGCGACCUUUAGUCAGCGGAGCCAACGGCAGCUCCUCCACCCUCUCCCGCUCCAGCCCCAAAUCUGAGAGCCUGCUCAGCGUGGCCUCCUCCUCCGCCCAGCUGGUGAAGAGCACGCCGCAGGCUGCAGCUUCCACGCCAGACGUGAUGGCGGCAACACCGUGCAAGCAGAACGCCAACUCCUCGUCUCUGCAGCAUCUGCUCGGGCCCAAGCUGGAGCGCAUCCAGAUGAUGGGGAACAAACUGGAGCUAAAGCAGACGCCGUGCUCUCAGCCCACCACUGCUGGUAUGGGUGGAACCAGCAAAAUUGACAAGUAUGCACGGAUCCUGUUCCCAGUGUCCUUCGGGGCUUUUAAUAUGGUCUACUGGGUGGUUUACUUAUCGAAGGACACGAUGGUGGCAAAAGGCGGUUAGACUUUGCUCUGGCAACAAGCGACGACUCAUUUCUUCUAACAGACGGGAAGCUAAGGAUUAUGGGAGUUUGCAAACAAUAAGAGGAAACUACUGUUCUUGCCAAACACAUAAACAAAAAGUGCUCACCAAGCACUUCCAUAUCCCGGAGAACACACUCAGAAUACAUUUAUUUUUUCUUCCUAAGGUCCUCGAACAGCAAGCAUGGGAACAAAUCAACCAAAUUAGAAAUAUCUGAGUCAACAGAAGAAAAGAACACCUGCACACUGGAAUAUGCUACUGUCCUCUUUAUAUAUCGUGCUACGUCUGACUGUAAAGGUCUUCAUUGGCUUCAACUGCCUCAUGAUCCCUUUUGGCCUGCAGUCGUGGUUAAAGCAUGGGAUUUUUUCAUUUUCCUAUUUUUGUACCCUGCACCCGGCAAGAUGUUUGGAUGUGUGCACCACCGUCCUGAAAACGAACUACACCGACGCUAUGUAAAUAUAUAAAUUUAUUAGGAUAAAUGGAUUUAUAUUUAAUGAUUACAGUGUACUUCAGUUUGAAUACUAAGACUUGCUGCUUUGGUGCCAGCAGGCUAGAUGAUGCAAAGUUAAAUUAUUUCAGAGAACACGGGGGACUCUGGUAGUGGUUUCCAGGGGCUUUCUCUUUAUCCUGAUAAACUAUAAUUCCUGCAUACAGGCCAAAUGACAGUCACACUAAAAUGAAGACAGGUUUUGGUCAGAAUAAAAGUCCUCAACUGAGGCUGAGUGGAGCUUUGGCCCCGGAACUGAUCAGCCCUGAAAAGCCUCUCUUGUACAGUACCUACUUGCAAAGCAUCUUUCUUAUACAAGAUGGAUUAACUAAACGGGAAAUACCGAAGAUGAAAUUUGGGGAUCAGUCGGGCAGAAAGUAGUAAAGACAAGUUAUUAAUUCCUGUAACAGUAGGAUUUAAGCUUCUUUCCUGCCAUAAUGGGUUACCAAAUAGUAGACAAAGAUUGUGCAAGUGAUUAAAAUACAGUCAUUGCAUGAAUAAAUAGAGAAAGCAGAAAGUAAAGCCAUUCGUCAGUUAGAUCACCGCAGCAAUAAAAUAGUGAGUUGGUUGUUUGUUUUUAGGGACAUUUGGCUUUCACAAUAAAGGAACUGUUCAAUAACUGCUUCGGGGGAAGAGACUGAGCUGACUGCUGUCAUCCACCUCCUUGAAUUGUGUCUAACAGAUGUUAGACUGAGAAUGAACCUGUUUCCGGUUUGUCUUCAGUUUUAACACAUAUUACAUUAUUUCACUGCAUUGCAUGUUGUUAAACCUGGGAAAUGUCUCACGUGUUACUGGAUGAGGCCUACGAAGGACAGGGGCAGAUCUAGAGAAAUAUUCAUGGGGUGGGGAGGCAGAAAUAUAUGCUGAUUUAAUCACAAACAAUCACAUAUAUCAGUAUUUGCUUGGAAAAGCCCCUAAAUAAAGAUAGCACAUUAGUAAAACACUGAAUAGAAAUAUCUAAAGGUGGCAUUAUAAAUCAAUACAUUGUAUUUCCAAAUCAAAUCUUCAGACAUUUUUCAAAUACAUGUCUUUUUUCAUUUAACUUAAUCAUCUAAAAUGUGACCAUAAAAGAUAAUUAAAAUGAUAUGUGUUAAUCAAAACAAAUUUAACACGUUAUUUUUAAUGUUAAUUUAAAUUAAUGUGUGAAAUUUGACAGCAUUUGACACCAAACUGUGGUAACAAGGUCUUUUUUAGAGAUGGCAGCUGCCACCACACGGGCCCCUGGAGAUCUGGAGCCAAAGCAGUGUUGUUGUUUUUUUCACAUUGUGAAAGUUGGACGAAGCAAAGGGUACGUGUUUGUUUGAAGUGGAACAGCCUGUUGAGUUUUAUUUUUCAGGCGGCCUCAGAGUUAGCUGAUGUACAGCUGUCAGUCAUUCAUUCAUCCGCUGUUAAUUGGGCCAGCUUUAGGGUAAUGGGAUUUACGCUAGUUACACCAUAUUACCAGCCAGAAGUCUGAGUGCAGCGUUGCCUCUAGCCCUGCUGUAGGAAAUAAUUCAACAUUUUGUGAAAUACAUUUUUCUGCCUUCUCUCUGAGAGUUAGAUCAAUACCAGUCUGAACCCUACAUAUAAUAUACAGCCAGUAGUCGGUUAGCUUCACUUUGCCUAAAGACUGAAGGCAGCCAGCCUGGAUCUGUCCAAAACUAACAAAAUCCAUCUGCCAGCACCUUUAAAGCUCGCUGAUUAACUUUACUAAUUAUACACCAGGAAGUCAGCUAGCAGGCCAGCUGGUUCCCACUGUUUCCACUCUUCCAAUGGUAAGCUAAGCUAACCGGCUUUGCGCUUUAACGUACAAACAUAAGAGUGGUAUCGACCUUCUAAUCUAACUCUCAGGAAGAAAGCAGAUAAGUGUAUUUCCCAACAUGCCGAACUCAACUUGUAAAAGUCCUAUUUGUCUCUGUAGAGAUGUGAUGUGACCCAAUGCAUUCAGUCCUGUCCUCCUAGAAUAUAAAAGUGGCCCAGAAAACCUUCAACCAUAUCGAAAACAACUUAAAAUAGCCUCCUGUGUGAUCAGGACCUACCCUCAGAGGAGAUGAGAGAUACUGCUGAUAACUGAAUAUUUGAAUGUGUGAAGGACGUCACUACCUAAAUAUCACACAACAUGACGUCAGACGUUGUCCUCUCAGCCGCCUCCUGCGUCGAGGAUUUCUUGUCAUUGUCAUUGAGUCCUCUCUCUGGGCAAAGUGACAUUUUUAGCGCAAACAAGACUUCUGUCCAGAAACCAUCACACAAUCAUAGUCUCGGAAAAAUAAUUAGACUCUCUGACAUCCUUUGACAUAUAAAUCUUCUUUACAAGAUAAUUUACAAGAUACACCCUCAGUACAUUUUGGCAAAGACCAUGCUCCACAAAUAGGACAUAGUUCCUCAUGGCCUAAUUUACUUGUCUCCAUUAUUCAGUGGAGUUGAAGGUUAAACAGUCGGUGGAUGAGCUCAGCUCCACUGUACACCUCUGCAGACAGAGAUGUCAUAUGGAUACGGCGCGUGUGGGGAUUCAUGAUGUAGUGGGUGCCUAGUUUCUUGCUCCAAUAGCCGUAUCAUCCAUGUAGCCAUGAUUGUUGGCCCUUGUCGAUCGGUUAGUGUAACAGGAGUUAUGAUGCUGCCACGGCGGCGAGCAACACGCUGGCUGAUGGACAGAUCAAGAUGCCCGCCGCCACUCACCUCUCCUGAACGCAGUCAUGUGUGAAAUUGAUUUUGCCUUUGUUACCUCCCUGUUGGCCUCACUCUCCCUUCUCUGUCUCUCACAACAGUGUACACAACAACAACAAAAAAGUCUCAUCAUGAAAACACAGAACGUCCGUGAACUAAUGAGGAGCCUGUCAACAACAGAUUGAUGUUCAGUGUUUAUGUGGCGUGACUCUGCUGCUCUAAAUGUGUGCAUGAUUGAUGGAGCUGUCAACGCCAGGUUGUGAGUUUUCUGGGGUUUUGUUGGGUUUUUUUUUUUCUUUUAAACAAACAUGCUGUUGCUAGAUGACAGACAGAUAGUUAAAGAUGCUCCACACGCUCACUCACAAGCUGACACUGGUGCAGGUUUGUGGAAAGUUCAACUUCAUCUUGAGAUCAAGCUCUCAAUUAAUCAUUGCCAUUUCAGCUGUUUAAAUAGUUCAACGGUAUCAAAAUAGUGCAGAUGGGUUGGGUAAAAUGGGGCAGUCAUUGUAGUUUUAGAGCACUUUUUGAAGUAAAUCAUGGCAUUACACUCCCUCUAGUGGCUCAACUGACCCCUUUUUUAUUUCGAACACAAUCCUAUUCGAUCCUGCUUGUUGCCAUUCAGGAAUAUUAAUUAACAUGAUGAUGAGAGUUUUUAUUCAGCUUCUGCUUUUCUACCAGAAGAGUUGGUUUUCAGUUGGCUCUGAGGUGCUAAAAAAACUGAACGCUACAGGCUCAGGACGCUUUUUCCAUUUUUAUUGCUUUGCGCAUGAUU